AUGAAGAUCUUCUAUAUCGGAGUCCUACGAAACGACCCCGUCCCCGCCACUGAACUGGCGGUCGAGAGAGACCUCUCGUCUUUCUCCCGCUUCACCCGCGACAGCUAUGGCGAAUUCAUGACCAUGUUUGCCAAGACGGUCGCCGAACGCACCAAGCCAGGCGUGCGUCAAGACAUUGAAGAGAAGUCGUACACAUUCCACGCCUACGGGUCAAGUCAAGGAGUCGCGGGCAUCAUCAUCAGCGACGCCGAGUACCCGGCCCUGGUCGCCCACCAACUCCUCUCCAAGAUCAUAGACGAAUUCACCUCUCAGAACCCGCGGUCGAGCUAUUCCAGUCCCGGCGUGACGAGUCGGCCAUUCCCGCAGUUGAAAGAGUACAUCGUGAAAUACCAGAACCCGAACGAAGCGGACAGCAUAAUGAGAGUGCAGCGAGAGCUCGACGAGACCAAGAUCGUACUGCACAAGACCAUCGAGAGUGUGCUGGAGCGAGGCGAGAAGAUUGACAGUUUGGUGGCCAAGUCGGACGGCUUGAGUGCUCAGAGCAAGAUGUUCUAUCAGCAAGCCAAAAAGCAAAACUCUUGCUGUGUGGUGAUGUGA